AUACCGAGCAGACGCCCCUGCACUCAUGUACUAUGACGAGUCAUCCGGACUCACGCCCAAGGAGAGAAGGGAGAUGUACGACCUGCAGAUGGAGGAGGAGGAUUACGUGAGGAUGAAGGAGAAGGAGAAGGAGGAGGAGCUGAGGGAGAUCCGUGCUCAGGAGGAAAGAGAGAAGGAGGCGAUCGUGGAGUUGGAGAAGAAGCUUGAUGAGCUGGAGAAGAUGAAGAAUGAGGUGGACACUCGUGAAGGAGGCAAGAGGAUAAACCCCGGCUGUGUCACGAGCUGCGAUGAGCUGACUGCCGGAAAAUACCCAUCCUGCAAAGGCUGUGACCACUUCGCCCUGUGUACCAAACAUGGCUACUUCAGAGAGCGAAAGUGCAAGAACAACAGAGAGUUCGACGUAGACGUCAAUAAAUGUGUCCAGGCCUCUAGCACCUGCUUCUAUGAAGGCCAAUAAAUAUAAAAAACAACAAACCAAAACAACCAAAAAAAAACCUUCAACAACUACAGCAAAUCAACAACAACAACAAAAGAAUGCUAUGGCCGGACUGAGGACCAGUCCAAACGUUUUAUGUUCCACUCAACAACAACAAUGUUAUGGUUUUGAAUGUUAUUUUCAUUGUGAGCUCUUUCUUAGUGCAAUAUUGCUGAGAUAAUAUGGCAAAGGGGAACUUGGUAGCUGUUUGCCUUUUGGUUAACUGUUUGCCUCUUAAUGAUAAAAGCGUAUUCUUACCAAUCAGCAAAAUAUGCAAUAACCAUUAAUUGACACCAACUUUUGAAAAAAGAAAAGGGAAAAACAAAAACAGCAACAACAACACAAUGAGAACAUUUGAAUAGAAGCCUAGAAAACCCCCCUAAAAAAGAAACCAACAACAACACUUACAACAGAAAACCAGCAAAAAAGCAGUUAUUUGUACACAUACUAUGUCAAACACCUGAAUCUCGAAUAAGGUUUCUCGGAAUUUUCCAGUAAGUCUAAAGCUUGUCAUAAGAGCUUUUGUUACUUCUAGGAUAUUUAUUCAUAAAAAGUAAACACGAAGAGAACCAAGACACACCACAGACAAUGCCCUUGACGCUUCGACCAAAUCAAGUUGUGAAAAUAAAAAGAGACUAGCAUUAUGUAGCAUGAUAUUAAGUUUAGAAUUGUUUUGUCAUCCCCUAUCAGCGUAUUAGCCUUCCUUAUCUUUAUAUACACAUUGUGUAAGUGCCUUUUAGGACGUCCCAUCCUCUUGGGCAGGGCUCUCAAACUCAAAUUAUCCCGAGACUCCCAGGGUUAGAGUCUGGGUGAGUCUAUACCUCUUCAAGUAUUCCAUACAAAAAAAUGUGAAACAUUUUCACUUAAAAGUACAACUUUGAAAUCACAUUCAUAUGUGUUCGCAAACAUUACCGAUAUAUUUGACACGCCUGGGCGAUGAAAGCAGAUACUUUAAUUAAUUUUGAGAACGACUGAGAAGUCUAAAUAAAAUGGGCAAAUCUAACUCUUGAUUUUUAUGUCAAAUAGGAGCCUUAGAAUAAUAAUGUUGUUGUUCUUUGGGCCUAAAUUGGCCCCUGGGCCUCGAGAUUGAGACCCCUGCUCUAGAGUGUCCAUCAUAUUCCAUGUUGCCAUAGGGUAGAAGGAUGUGAGUAAGUGCUAAGUAGAAUUUAUUAAUAAAUGCUUGAUGAAACUUAGCCUGUGUAACACCUAUUUUUGAGAGAAAUUAGUUAGUCCCAUAUUAUUAUAAUCAUUUGUUUUUAUGAUGUAUUGUCAAUGUGAAAAUAAAUGUUGCAAAAAAGGUGAGAACGUGUGUUGUAUGUGCCGUGUAAAAUGUGAAGUCAGUGGUUUUUCCAUAAGCAUUCCCUCUUUGUUUUUUAUGAUAUUAAUGUGUCUUUUUCAUGUCUUCUGAUUCUGAAAGACGUUAGUUCAAAUCUCACAUUUUAACAUAAUAUCUUUGGUGAGACAUUACAGUUUACAGUUUGCUGCCAAAAGCAGUCACGUUUCAUUCCAUACUUACACUUCCCUGAUCAGUUGAAAAAUCAGAGCCUACUCUGAGUCGGAAAGGGCCUAAAUACAAUUUGUUACUCUGAGAGCUUUGAAAGAGAACCACUAUCAAGACAAACAGGCUGUCCCAAUUUUUGCUGUUUUUAAAACCAUUCAGAAGACAUCAUUCUUCGUCCUUUGAAAGUCUGCAAAAGUGAAAUAGUAUUAGUACCGGUAUUCGAUUUUUUGUAUGUGCCUGUAAUCAUGUUGCUAAGAUAAAUAAACAUGUAUCCAACAACAUG